UAGGUUUUAAACGUUUUAAAACUAUAAAAGUUUAAGAAAAGAUUAUUUGAAAUAUUUAAACUAUUGGAUAAAUGAUGUCAAACAUGAAUUUCCGGAAUAUUCGUUUAAUUUCGUCCGUGGUUCGAAGUAACCUUGAAGUUCUAAAGCAAAAACAAGCGGAUGUCCAAAGCAAAAUUAACUCCAUAACGUUUCCUGAAAAGUACAAAGGAACAAUUCUGGAAAAAUGGGCCACAUACUGGAAAAACUUAUUGAUAGACUACAAAGAAGUGAUUCUGGACACCGGGAGAACUAUGCGGCAGCGUCCCGUGCGCAGUGCCGUUUACGUAACUCUACUGGGUUCGAGCUACUACUGCUGCGCCACAAAUCCUACCGAGACGGAUUUCGCUGAAAGCUUCCGCAAAUGUAACAACGAACUGGCACUGGUUCAUCCCCAGUGUCAGAAUCCGGAAACAACCGCGCACAUCCUGUUUCUGCAACAGGCCCACAACGAGGGCAUCAUUCGACGAAUAUCGCUCGGUGUGAUAUCGUUCAUCUGGUUGGAUAAUUACGAUCGAGGCGUUGCAAUCUAUAAGGCAAUUUGUCCCUACCUGAAGCCACGGUACAUGACGUUUCACGAACGAAUUGUCGAUGUAGGGUUCAACAAUAGGUGGUGGUUACUGAAGCGGAAAAUGAUAGAUUAUGAUAUAAACGAGGAAAAUUUGUAGAGCAAUAAACGAUUAUGGUUGUCGAA